AGCGGCGUAGCUGCCGGAGGGCGGCGAGAGACACACAAAGAACGCGGUGGGAGGCGGCGGCGAAAGGGGGCGGCAAAUUCGGGACUGCAACUCCUAGCCGCGCCUGCCUGUGCCACCGCCGCCCGGGCUUGGUCCGAGGCGGCGCAGACAAUGCGGCCGGGCUCGGCCCCGCGUGCCCCAGAGUGCAGGGCGCCCACGCUCCCUCGACCCCAACUUGACCGUGUCCCGGCUCGCCCAGCCCCCUCCCGGGGUAGGGGCGCCCCCUCGCUUCGGCGGCGGGCGAAGGAAGUCGGUCCGCGGCCGCGGAGCCCGGCAACUUGCGAGCGGGGAAAAGUUUGCGGCGCCUCCGCGGGGCGGCGCAACGCGGCCCGUCCCUCGCGUCCGCGGUCACCGCUGACUUUCUUGACUCGUCGUCAGUCGGGGCCGCAGCGCGGCCGGCGGGGACUGCGGGGAGGGCCGGAGUCCGUCCGAGGGCUCCCGCACCUCGGGCUGCGGCCCUGGAGAGUUGCUGUAGAAGAAGGAAAAGAGAGGAAGACAACACAGGAGGAGAUAAGUAGCUCUAUGGAAGGUCACAUUGCUAAAUAGUUGUUGAGCAGAGGGAAAAGGUAGGAAAGGAUGUGGACUGCAGUGCUACAGUGCCAGCUAAUAACUUUCAUCAUGUACCUUCUUGGCCCAGGUGCUGUCUCUUCUACUCUCUUCCUUUUUGGCACUACCUUAUUUAGCACUUAAUUAUAUACUUUCUUGACUCACUUUGAGAAACACUGAUUAUGGGUCUGCCUCAAAGACAGAAUCCUAGUUUUGGAUUUUAGCAUUACUGAUCUAUUGCCUUGGAGGGGCUUAAGGAUGGCAGCUGUCUCUCCCCCUUGGGAUCUAGCUUUUAGAAAUAUUGAAGGGAAGAGAUUCUAUGAUCUUAUAGGAGGAGAUCCACAGUUCAUCUCCAAAUUUGCAUUUAUAGAUAAGUGUAUGUCACCAAAACACAGAGAUCUGGUCAGAGAGGCUCCCACCCACAGACUUUUAAUAGAAUUUUACUUCCUAGGGCAUUUAUUCUUGUCAAGUACUUUCUCUCCUAUCAACUCACUUGUUCCUCACAAAAGCCCUAUAAGGUGUUAAUAUUAUUAAACAGACCCCUAUGAAGCACCUCAAGUCUUUCUGUCUCCCCACCUCUAUUCUUGCACACCUUUUGCUAGACUAGUCUGAGUUUAUCACAUCAGGUUUCUAAAAUGAAAGUCCCCUAAUCACUUUCUGUUUGUUCCCUCAUCAAGUUGACCUUUUCUGUCUGGCUUAUAAGGUGGCCUUAAAAACCUCAUUUUCCUGUAAACAUUGUCUCCAUAGUUCAGGAACAUGGCAGGCUCACCACUAUGCAUUAGCCCAUAUUUCCCUCAUUAAUGAUGUCUCCUCUCAAACCACCCAGAUUCUACUCAUUCUUCAAUUUCUAGCUUCUCCUUGGAGCCUUCCCAGAUCAUUAGCUUCUUAAAGAUCCCAGCUUUCUCUGAAUUCUGAUGGUAGCCACCCUUAUUUGGUCAAUUAUAACCUGAUCUUAAAGUCCUAAUGGGGAAAAAAAAAGUAUAUGAUGGAUUUUCUGUAGAGAAGAAAGCACUGGACUGAGCUUUUAGACAUCUGCUAAGGAGCUGUGUGAGCCAAACCAGGUUGCUUUACCUCUCUGGGUCUAUAUUUACUGAUCUGUUAAGUGGAAAGGAUUGGGCCAGAUAAUCUUGGUGGUCUCUACUCAUUGUGAGGCUCUUGGACAAUUUGGCCUAGUUCACGUGGGAUGGGAUUGAAGAUCUUACCGAGUUCUUGGAUGGAAAUAUCAGUGAUGGGCACUCAGUGCCUUUAGGACUUGUUUUGUACUAUUGCAGAAAUUUCUGAUGCUAAACUUGGCAAUUUUUAAAUGCCAUAUUCCUUUUCUCCAAACUCUUUAACCACAAUAAUUCAGGGAACAUUAGUAGGGGAUGAGUUAGGUAUCUGGAUAAUAUGUAUUGUGGACAAUGUAACAUUAUUCUUGGGAAUGAUUUUGUAUUGUUGAAUAAAUAGGAUCAACUUCUUAAUAAACCUUAGUCAUAAACAUUUUAUCUUCAUAGAUAGUGCUAUAUAAGAAUAUAUUUAUUUUUUCUUUUAAUCAUUUCAUAAUUUGGGGAAUAUUAACAUAGUCAAAACUCUAGGGUAGAUGCUAUAUGAGUUUCUGUAGUAAUCUGGUUGGAGACAUGUUAUAAUUCUGCAUAUAUAUGUACAUUUAUCUCACGCACAUUAUGCUUAAACUUAGAAGGAUACCCCUGAAUUAAGAGAUGCUAUUAUACAUUGACCAGACUUAAGAAUAUCUCUUUAAAGUGUGUUGACGUUUAAUUGACCUUUGAAAGUUCAUUCUGUUAAUCAUACUCAAAGUGCUAAAGCUAUGGUUGACUGCUCUGGUAUUUUUAUAUUCAUUCGUGCUUUAGCAUAUAAAUUCUUCAGCAUAAUUGCUACUUAUUUAGUGAGUUUCCUUUCUUUGAAAAUGUGAGCUGUGCUUGUAUUUUGGUGUCCUUUUUUUUUUUUUUUUUUUUAACUUUGCUUCAGGCUGGGUAGUGUUAGAGGUUUGAAUUAAAAUGUUUUCCUGUCAGUAGUUGUAUGGGGUGUGGCUUCUUAAUCUAGAAGUAAUGGAAAUUUCUUGGCUAAAUGAAGUGCACUCCCCUUCCUUCAGAAGUUAGAACUCUUUAAAUUACAAUGCUAAAAUUUAGACAAGCUUAACACUUCAAAGCUGUACAUCUUUAACAGAAACUUUUGGAAAUUUUAAAAUUCUAUUUGCGUGGAUUAAAAAUAUCAGUGCUAAUACUUCCUAUUAAAUAAGGAUUUAAUUAUCUAUUUUCAUAAAAACUCUAAGUAUAUUCCUUGAAUUGCUAUGACUAGAAUUUUGUUGUAAACACAAUAUUUUUAAAAAGUCAAAUAUAUUUUUAAAAUCUUAACACUUUAUUACUAUAACUGAGAGAACAGGUGUUUACAUGUUUAAAAUUUUCUAGGUCUUAAAUUUGUGAAAUCAGUCUUUGGGAAGUAAUUUUUUAUAUGGUUAGCUGUCUUACAAGUUUAUAAGAUGACAUUUCAAUUUAAAAUUUUUUCAGUUUAUAUUUCAAUAACCAGGAAAAAAAUAGUUAAACUUCUUGCUAAAUUCUAAUAGAAGAAACACACACACACAAUUGUUAACUUUUGGUAAUUUAUCUUGAGACUCCAAACAUGUUUUUAGAACAUUUAUACUUUAAAAGCAAUUUUAAAAUAGGAAAAUUGAAGUUUAAAGAAGAGUUUUCACUUUCAUGAAUUUUAUACUUCCCAGAUAGGUAGGUCCAUAUUCAAGAUCACUCUGAUCUCUGUUUAUAAUAAGUUUUGAUGCCAUUUAUCAAUUACUUAGUCACACAUUAUAAGCAUGGUAGAUUUUUGUCAUGAAGCUGGCAUUAUAUUCUUAUCAUCAUCAUCUCUUUCAAUAUUGUCCCUUUUUUAUUUUUCUGUUUUCAUCUUAGCUCUUCUUCUCAUUUUAUUGUUGUACUGACUUGAAAUGAAAGUAAGUUUGUUUCUCUUAAACAUUUCACUUCAAACUCUUUUUUUUAGAAUAUACAGUGAAAUGUCUUAAAUAAUGUUAUAUAAAUAAUAAUACCCAAAGAAUGCAAAUGACUGCAAUGCUGAGUAGUCAGAUACAGGAUGUUCCAUUUUAAGGGUAGACUCUCAUACUUCCACUUUAUAAAAUGUAGUUUCAGAAAAUAAAUAGAUGUAUUUCUUCCUAAUAAUUAGUGUUUCAGGACCAAAGUUGACUAAACAUGGAAGUUUGAGAUAAAGCCUGGUUUCUUAGGAAAUCUUUCUCAGUCCUUAGUAAUUCUAUAGCAUUGAUGAUACAGUGACAAAUUCAAUACAUUCAGUGUUCUUUUCUGUUUGAAGUCUGUUUUGCCAUUGUGAAAAACUUCUUGUUGUUUGGAUUUGGAUAUAUAUAUUCACAGAUGUUUACUUUAUUUUUAUUUUAUUUGAACAAAUAUUUUAAUGUCCCAAACACUGAUACAUGUUUCAUAUCUUAACACAGUUUAUAAAUACUAGAAUAUUUAAUCCUAACUCCAUAAUUAUAAUUAUCUUCGUUUUACAAUUGAGAAAAGAUACAAAGUUUUAUUUGAUGGUAAGACCUUAAGAAGGGGAGAGUGAUUAAGUGUAGGCAGAGUGGAAAAUUUAUUAGUGCUAAGAAGCAACAGAAGUAUGUGUGUAUGUGCAAGAGUUUGGGAAGAUGUGUCUACUUGGAAAGGAUCAGGGACUCAGCUGGCCCUAGUCUUAAAGAGCAACAUGUGCUCAUUCCUCAAUUUUAAGCCUCUGAGCUCUAGAAGUAAAGGGCAAACUUAGAAAGAGGAGGUUUCCUCAGGUUUCAGCUGCCUGUUCGGCCUGGUGAGGUGGCUAUACUAGCUCAUGUGAUUCUCAUAGGGCUACAUGAACCUUUAUGUCAUACCUUUUCCUAGCAUUUCUUGGCUGACUGCUGCUUUUUUGGAGUGUUUAACUUCUCUCUCAGCUAGAAGGUUAGGCAUUGCAAAUAACAGUGGAUAAUUUUUUUCUUAGCUUUAACCUCAUCUCACUUCAUCCCCCACUUUGUCCUCUGUAUAUUCUUUUGAAAAUAUUAUCCAGUAGUGUUUAUGAAUGUAUGUUGUAUAAAAUUUAGAGAUUGAUGUUAAGCAACAGAAUUAAAAGACAAAGCUAUCUUAUUGUUGGAAUCGGGGAUGGAAGAAAAUGGGAGAGGAGCUAAAAGUAAGAAAUAUGGAAAAAGGAGAGACAUUGUGGAAAAGAAGAGAUAUAAUGAGGGGAAAAAGUGAAAAAAUGAAGAUAGAGAAUUACUGAUUUGCUUCACACCCACACCUCCUCCCCAGCUUCACAGUAACAGAGGCAAUGUCACUGUCUUUUACCUGACAUAUGCCUUACCAGGGAGUGGUGCCUGGCAUCGUGGGAGUAGAAAAUUUCUCCCUUUUGCAUUUUGAGACUUGGGUGUGCUGCUUUAAGAUGCCACUGGUAUCUAAGUAAUGUUUGUUUAUACUGGAUGUUUUUCUCUGUUGCCUUUGUGGAUUGGACUUAUAAUAUAAACAAUAUUGUUAGCAGAACUGCAGGUACUCUAUUGCUAUGUUUAUUAGUUAAAAAACUAUCAGAGCCCUAUGACUUCUGAGCACAUUUAGAAAAUACCAGAGGCAAUUUUAAUACUAGCAUUAGAAAGAAGGAAAAAAUAAGAAUAUAAGUAAGACUUGCAUACCUUAGAAUCCUAACCAAUGUGGUGAUUUUUAAAAAAUUAAUGUUUCAGAAACUCUAGAGUAAUUUGUUUCAUUAAUUACAUUUUUUGAAGUUAAUAUAAAGUACAUUUGCCUAUAAGUUCUCUUUUCUUAAUAGAUAAUUUUGGUAAAAUGGAAGUGUGGCAUUGUUCCGUAGAAUGUAAAACUAAAGUCAGAAUAAGAAUUCUUUGGGGAAUUUAGGAUUUUUUUGAUGCUUCUCAAAUCAUCUAUAAUGACUUUUCUUGGAUCACAGUCAGAAAGUAUUUCCUACUGUUUUGUUAUUACAUUGGGACAAAAUAAUGGAAAUUGUAAGUCUUCCAGAAAAUUCAAAGAAUAUGGUCAAUCUUAUUUGUAAACCUUAAGCUCUCUUUUUAUCCUGUUUUCUGUAGAAAAGGUAGAUUAUUCAUUAGCUUUUAUGAAAAACACUAAGUUUAAACAGCUGGCUGUAGUGGCGUACACCUAUAGUCGCAGCUACUCAGGAGGCUGAGGCACGAGAAUCGCUUGAACCCAAGAGGCAGAGGUUGCAGUGAGCCAAGAUUGUGCCACUGCACUCCAGCCUGGUCCAGAGUGAGAGUCUGUCUCAAAAAAGAAAAAAAUUGCUAGAUGGUAAAAAUCUAGAUUUGAAGAAAUUUAUUUAUUUUUAAAUAGUUGUUCAUUUGUCACACAGAGAAGUAUGAUCUUAGCAGGUUUGGUUAGGUUUCUAUCUGUGAAACAAAGUAAAGAUGUUUUUCUUGAUCAAUGCAUGGCAAUAACUGCUGUUCAAACAUGUGAGGAAUCACCAGUAAAACGUGGAGAUAGCAGGAAAAGGAGUUUUUUUCUCAUUUUUUUUUUCAUUUAUCAAUUUUUCCCACUUGUUUAUGCUUUCCUAUAAUCAUGGAAAUUUUAAUUUUUUACACCGCUCUCCCCAUUUGUUUAUCCUAGAUUGCUGCCACACCAAGGUUUUCUAGAGUUAGGGAGAAAGGGAACCUGGGCCUUGAAGCAAAUGGAAACUAUCCCAUGCUUUCUCAGACUCUUCAUCUGUAGAGACAAGAGAAGCAAAACAGGAGUUGGUGGCUCAUUGCCGUUGCUUCUGUGGCUGCCCUGUUUGGUUGACCUGAGCUUUUUUAAAAAACUCUACUCUUAAUGCUUAACUCUACAAAUAAAAUUAGGGCCAGUCAUACUGUAUUUUCAUCAUCAGUUAUCCCUAGUGGUUCAAAUUUAGCACAAACCUGCUGUGACUAUAUAUUAAUUAGGUGAAUACAGUAGAAUGCAAUCAUAACAUGAGUUUUUUUAAUAACUAUUCUUUGAAUAGAAGUAUGAUAUUUAUUUUAGAAGUUUGCAGUUAUUUUGUUGAAAGUCUAGAAAAUCUUUAUGUGAGCCACUGAGGUUCUGUUAGCCCACAACAGUUUAAAUCAAACGUUAACUUGCAGUAAAAAUCUACUGAAAGUAUCUUUGAUUUUUUGAGAUACAGAGAGCUGUUUCAAGUUAAGUUGCUGUAUUAGUCUGUUCUCAUGCUGCUAAUAAAGACAUAUGCACUACUGGGCAAUUUAUAAAGGAAAGAGGUUUAAUUGAGCCACAGUUCCACAUGGCUGAAGAGGCCUCACAAGCAUGGCGGAAGAGCAAGGGACAUCUUACAUGGUGGCAGGCAAGAAGUUUGUGCAAGGGAACUCCUACUUAUAAAACCAUCAGAUCUCAUGAGACUUACUCACUACUGUGAGAACAGUAUGGGGGAAACUGCCCUGUGAUUCAGUUAUUUCCACCUGGCCCCACCCUUAACAUGUGUUGAUUAUUAUAAUUCAAGGUGAGAUUUGGGUAGGGACAUAGCCAAACUGUAUCAGCUGCCCAUUCUCUUGUGCAGUGACAUAAAGAUCUGUUAACCUGAUUUAAAUCUUGGACUCUUAAGAUUUUUUUGAGCCAGGGUAUCUCUGUUGCUCAAGCUGCAGUUCAGUGGCAUGAACAGGGCUCUUUGCAGCCUCAACCUUCCAGGUUCAAGUGAUCCUCCUGCCUCAGCCUCCUGAGUAUCUGGGGCUACAGGCAUAUGCCACCAUGCUAGGCUAGUGUUAUUUUUAUUUCUGUAGAGAUGGGGUCUCACUUCUGGGCUCAAGCAGUCUUUCCUAGGCUUCCUAAAGUGCUGGAAUUAUAGGUGUGAGCCACUGCACCCUGUUCUAAGGAAUUUCAUAACCCUGUUUUCUGUAUGCUGUGUCACUGUUUGCCAUGGGUAAAAGGUAUAUGAAUCUCUUUUAUUUUGCUGCUUGCAAACCAAUUCCCAUGCCAAACAAUAUUGGAGAAAAGUUCUUCUAUAGAAAGCUUCAUAAGCCAGUUACUGACUACUGUGUCUGUAAAUAUACUCUGAAACUAUUUUGUAGUCUUGCUAUUUUUAAAAAUGUGUGGGUGUGGGAAGUGAUGUUGAAUGAAUUCAGGAUAAUUGGUGGUUCUUUGUAUUAGAAAAAAUCACACUAGAUAAGGGAAGUCUGUUUUCAUGAUUCAUGUAUGUUAAACUUAAAAAAAAGUUCUUCAUCCCUCCCUUUCUCCAGUUUCCACUCUACGACAUAAAUUCAAGCAAUGAAGGAAUUUAAGUCAUAGAAUUUUAUAGCUGAAAGGAUUAUAGAGAGAAUCUGAUUAAGCGUCUUAUUACAGUUGAGGAAACAGAUGUCUAGUGAGGUGAAAUGAGAUCAUUUAGCUAGUUUAAAAGCCCAAAUAACAUUUUAAUAGUUUGCUUCCAUUAGUAAACACUGUUCUGUUUAAUUUGCCCUAAUGUAUUCAUAAUCAGAGUCAUAAUAAGGAAAAAUUAUGAAUAUGUAUGUGAUACUUUCUUGUGCCUUACGUCAGUCACUUCUCAGAAGAGGUCUGUGAGGUGUGGGUAUCCUUGUUUCCAUUCAGAAAGAGAACAGACUGCAAGCCUAAGAGACCUGUCUGUGCUGGUCACUAUCAAAAUGGUCUGAUGCUAUGUGUCUUCCCGCCUUGGCAAAAACAUCGGCUGGUCUCUGGACAGUUCUCAUAGACCACAGGAUGGGUGGGGAACCUCUUCAUGUUAGGGCUCUAACCUGUACCAAUUAUUAAGUGUUGUCUCAAUUCCAUCACGUUUUAAAGGGGAAAACAGUACUUUUUAAAGAGCUGUGAGAUUUUACGUUUUUCAAAAGAAGGAUGCUGGAUAAAUAUAUAAGUAAGGUGUGUUUAAGAAUCUUCUCAUCAGCCAUGUGCAGUGGCUCACGCCUGUUAUCCCAGCUCUUUGGGAGGCUGAGGCAGGUGGAUCAUGAGGUCAAGAGAUUGAGGCCAUCCUGGCCAACAUGAUGAAACCCCAUCUCUACUAAAAAUACAAAAAAUAAAUAAAUAAAUAAAUAACUGGGCGUGGUGGUGCCUACCUGUAAUCCCAGCUACUCUGGAGGCUGAGGCAGGAGAAUCACUUGAACCCAGGAGGUGGAGAUUGCAGUGACCCGCACCACUGCAUGCCUUCCUAGCAACAGAGACUCUGUCUCAAAAAAAAAAAAAAAAAAAGAAUCUUCUCAUUAACAUCUUAAAAAUUAGCCAGUAUAUACUGAACAUCUACUGUAUACAAGGCACAUUUUGGGGUGUUCCAGUAGAUACAAUUGUGAUUGACACAGAAUCAUAGCCUUCAGGGAAGAGGUGUAUGGAGUCUUCUCUCCUUCCAACGAUUACCUAGAUAGAGAACUGUUCAUAAGAAGGAUCUUGUAGAUCUGCCUACAUUACUCUUGAGAUAUGAAAUACAUUAUUUCUUAUGUCUGAAAUGGGUCAGUUGUUUCUAAAGCAAUUUGUAUUAAAGUGUUAAUAUUAAACAAAAUUUGUAAAAUACAGAAAAAUAGAAAAAAUUCAUGAAUUUUUAACAUGGUAAUGAUUAUAUCAGUUUCUUUCUUGGCUUUUCUUUAAGUUGAUGGGAUAUCUAAUGUUUCUUGUCAUUGCAUAGCUUUGUAAACUUGUUCUAAUGAUUAUAUAAUUUCAGAAUGGGUUAGUUUCUAACUAUGUCAGAAAUCUAGCUUUUUUGUGGUGAUUAUUGUUGUUUUACACAAAAUGAUUAAUAAAAUACUCUAAACUAA